AUGUCUGCCACUGCAGGAAAGACCAUCACUUGCAAGGCUGCCGUCGCCUGGGAGGCCGGUAAGCCCUUGAGCAUCGAGGACAUCGAAGUCGCCCCUCCCAAGGCCCACGAGGUCCGUAUCGAGAUCUACUACACCGGUGUCUGCCACACAGAUGCCUACACCCUCUCCGGCAAGGACCCCGAGGGCGCCUUCCCCAUCGUCCUCGGCCACGAGGGCGCCGGCAUCGUCGAGUCCGUCGGCGAGGGCGUCACCAACGUGAAGCCCGGCGACCACGUCGUCGCCCUCUACACCCCCGAGUGCAAGGAGUGCAAGUUCUGCAAGUCCGGCAAGACCAACCUCUGCGGCAAGAUCCGCGCAACCCAGGGCAAGGGCGUUAUGCCCGACGGCACCUCGCGCUUCAAGUGCAAGGGCAAGGACCUCCUGCACUUCAUGGGCACCUCCACCUUCUCCCAAUACACCGUCGUCGCCGACAUCUCCGUCGUCGCCGUCCAGCAGGACGCCCCCAUGGACCGCACCUGCCUGCUCGGCUGCGGCAUCACCACCGGCUACGGCGCCGCGCGCAUCACCGCCAACGUCCAGGAGGGCGACAACAUCGCUGUCUUCGGCGCCGGCUGUGUCGGUCUGUCCGUCGUCCAGGGUGCCGUCGUCAACAAGGCCGCCAAGAUCAUCGUCGUCGACGUCAACCCCAGCAAGGAGGAGUGGUCCCGCAAGUUCGGUGCCACCGACUUCGUCAACCCCACCGAGCUGCCCAAGGGCACCUCCAUCGUCGACAAGCUCGUCGAGAUGACCGACGGCGGCUGCGACUACACCUUUGACUGCACCGGUAACGUCGGCGUCAUGCGUGCUGCCCUCGAGGCCUGCCACAAGGGAUGGGGACAGAGCAUCGUCAUCGGUGUUGCUGCCGCCGGCCAGGAGAUCUCCACCAGACCAUUCCAGCUCGUCACCGGCCGCGUCUGGAGGGGUUGUGCCUUCGGCGGCGUCAAGGGCCGCACCCAGCUGCCCGGCCUCGUCCAGGACUACAUCAAGGGCGACCUCAAGGUCGACGAGUUCAUCACCCACCGCAAGACCCUCGGCGAGAUGAACGAGGCCUUCGACACGAUGAAGCAGGGCGACUGCAUCAGAGCCGUGGUCGACAUGCGCAAGUAA